AUGGCGCUAACCACCAUGUUGAACGGCGGCGGCAACACGAUACACAAUCCCAGCGUAGCAUUCACGACGCCACAAAACUACGCAUCAAGAUUAUCUCAUCUCCUUACCGUAAACGCAUUCAAACCCCUUUGGUGUCCCACUCUCACAAUCCAACCCACUCCAUCUACCUUUUCCCCUUAUCUCUCUCCUCACUCUCUAGACCCCUUCUCCGCCAUUGCUUUCACCUCCCGCACCGCAAUCCAAUCCUUCCACCAAGCCAUAUCAUCUCUCUCUCAUCCUCCACUCUCCGUCGACGGCCCCACUUUCACCGUGGCUGCUCUCGGCAAAGACUCUGAGCUUCUCCAUAAAGAAUUUCUCUCUAGAAUCUGUGCUGGUUCUGACCGGGUUAAGGUUCUGGUGCCACCGGUGGCUACUCCGAGUAGCUUAGCGUCAGAGCUUGGGGAUGGCGGUGGAAGGAGGGUAAUGUGUCCGGUCCCGCUUGUUGUUGGACUGGAGGAGCCACCUGUAGUUCCUAGUUUUCUGCAGGAGCUUCGUGAUGGCGGGUGGGUCCCGGUUAGAGUGGAGGCGUAUGAGACACGGUGGAGUGGGCCGCGGUGUGCCGAGGGGAUUGUGAAAGCGGUUGAGGAGGAAGGAUUGGAUGCUGUAGUUUUUACCAGUAGUGCUGAAGUGGAGGGGCUGCUUAAGAGCUUGGAUGGAUUUGGGAUGGGCUUUGGUGACUUGAGGAGGAAGUGUCCCGGGUUGGUUGUGGCGGCUCAUGGGCCUGUCACGGCUGCUGGGGCGGAGAGACUGGGGGUAGAGGUUGAUGUGGUGAGUUCUAAGUUUCAUAGUUUUGAUGGAAUUAUUGAUGUUCUUAAUGUUAAAUUGGCAACAAGGUUUAGAAUUUAG